CGGCUUGGUGUUAGUGUCGGUGUCGGUGUUAAUGUCGGCGUUGGUCUUGGUGUCGGCUUGGUGUUAGUGUCGGUGUUGGCGUUUGCGGCGGCGGGUCGGUGACCGACCGCGAGGUUAUUCCUCACCGGCAGCGAGAGAAAACGUGAGGAAGCGUGGCGCAGCCCUUGCGUUAAGUCUGAAGAAGGGUCUCGACCCGAUACAUCACCUAUCCCUUUUCUCCAGAGACGCUGCCUGUCCCGUUUAUCAUUGAAACAUGAGUGAUGGAGAUGAAAUUGUUCAUGCUCUCAAAGAAGGAGACACAUUUAAGAAUGAUGCAAGUGACGAGCCAACUAAUGAUGAUGAAGAAGAGAUUGCAACUAAAGAUUCACCUGACCUGCAACAUCAAGAUAAUAGUGAAUGUUUUGAGAACCUUGAAAGCCAAGUCCAAACUCAGUUACUGAGUGGGCAAAAUGAAGUAAAGACUAUUUCGGGUCAACACCAAGCUCAAGCUAGUGGUAAUGGACAACAGGAGAGUGAGAGUAGCAUAGAAAAAGCCCAAACUGAAGCUAACAAUGGAACAAGUAAUAAAGCAAUGGACCAGGUGCAUAUUCAGGAUGACACUAGUGUGGAAGACAAAGUUGGGAAUAAUGUGGAUGAAAUCCAACCUCAAAAUAAUAAUGGUGAAAGUGAUAUGGCUAAGAGUGAGAUUGGGCAAAUCCAAUUUCAAGCUUCUGAUGAUGGACAAGGUGAAGCUCGGAGUGAGGCAGACCAAAUAAACAGAGAUGUACAAGAUGAAGCUCUAAGUAUACCAGGUGAUGUUGAAGGUCGAUCCACCUAUUGUGAACAUACCAAAGCUCUGAGUGAGUCAAGACAAAUAGUGGGUCAACCUACUUUUGGUCAAAAAGAUGAAGCUCUGAAUGAGUUGAACCAAAAUGAAUAUCAGCUUGCCAGUUGUGGACAUGAUAAAGCUUACAGUGAUUUGGAGCAAGUUGAAGAUGAGCUUAUCAAUAAAAAAAAUAAAGAUCUGUGUGAUUUGGAUAAAGUUGAAAAUCAUUCUACCAAUGGACAAGAUGAAGCUCAGAGUGAGAAAAAACAAGGGCAGGAUCAGGCUGAUAGGUUGGGACAAGGUGAGGUUCAGUGUGAAUCAGGCCAAGAUCAAAUUUAUAAUGAUAAAGAAGGUGACACUAACAGUGGCACAAGCCAAGAUCAACCUGUGACCCAUGAUAUUAACAAAGUAAAUGCUGAAGGUGCCGUGUGUGAAAUGGAAUCACAGCCGAUGAUAGGAAGAGCCGGUCUGCUUGCAGGAACAAAAUCCUCAACGUCUACAGAAAAAAAGAGAACAUGUACAAUAAAAAAAAGUUCUGGCACACUACCUAAAACGCAAACAAUAAGUACUCCAGGCCAAGCUAAGGUUAAGAAUGCACCCUUCAAAACCAAAUUCCAAACUAAAAGUAUUGAAAAUGUAAAGUUAAAUGCUCCAGUGGCAGCAAAAGUUGAAUCUGAGCCAGUUGGGGACAAAAAAUGUUUGAGUGCUGAACCGAUCAACAGUAUAAAUAACCCUCAAAACACUGCAACUGUGAAAACAAGUGUGAAUGAUAAAGACCAAUUCUCAGCAAACAGAGAUGUGUCUACUGUGAGCGGUGGGCCUCCUGCAAGUGAUAAGACUUGGGCUACUAAAGUGGAUAAACGGGUGAUGAUGUUUUGGUGUGAUAUUUGUAAAGUAUUUUGCACCUCUGCCCUGCAUCUGCAAAUGCAUUUCCUUGGCAAUAAACAUAAAAAGAUUGAAGCAGCCUUAAAGUUGAAUGUCAACGAAGCCAAAAAAGUUAUUAAAGAUAAAUUUCAAGCUCCUGCGGAGGCAAGGACUGUGGAAGAUCUUCUCAGUAAAAUGAAGCUAAAUAAAGCUGUACUAGGUCUUGACUAUGCGAUUGAAUAUCGUUAUGACCAAAAGAAAAAUUCACACUUUAUUUGUAAACUGUGCCAGUCUAAAUCGGACCUCAACUGGUUUUUCUCCCACCUCCUGGGAACAAAACACAUGACAAGUUAUCUGGAAAAGCAUUAUCCAGGUAUUCUCAGUAAUGAUAGAGGAAAACUAAAGCCCUUUGAAUGGAAAGAAUUUGUGAACAAGAAAGCACUAGAAAUUGAAAAAAAAGAUGGAAGAGGUAAAGUAACUGUUGUCUUCAAGAAAAUAGGCCCAAAGGCCAAUGAAAAAUCAUCUGGUGUAAAAAUAGUUGGUGAUCAACCUGUUGUGGAACUCGAGUGUAAACGGCAAGAAACCAAAGCUACUUCAGAAACAAUUAAACAGCCCAUGCCUGCUUCCGAUGAAGAUACCAAGCCAAAGUCUGAAGUAGAACCCAUCUCCUCUUCAGUCUGUAAGAUCACUGGAGAUGAGACUUCGACUGAGAUGUAUCUCUACCCAGAUGGUCUUCCCAUCACUCGCCAGUUGCAUAAAAAAAUGGUGUCCAAAUCAGUGCGUGCACCUGAGGGAACCUCUGCAAAGCAUGACGCUGGGACAGCAAAUAACUUGCAAGGUUCAUUAGGAUCUAAAGUUCUAGAAGAUCACAUCAAACAAUUGGAUUUUAACGAGACAAUAAUAGGGCUAGAUUUUUUGACUGAAUAUAAUUAUAAAGGAAAAACCGAACCAUUGUAUUAUUGUGAGCUGUGCAAUUGUGAAUCGCCCCUUCGGUGUAUUUUGGCACAUAUGUUUGGACUUAAACACAAGACGAAUUAUGUAAAAUGGAAACAUCCAUAUUUAUUGGAAACAACUGUUGGAAAAUACAAACAAAUUGUCGAGGAAAAAGCAGCAGAAAUUGAAAAGAUUGAUGGAAGAGGAACAGUGAAGGUUGUUUUUGACAAAAUAAGCCCAAUGGCCAUUGAAAAAUCAUCUGGUGUAAAAAGAGUUGGUGAUCAACCUGUUGUGGAACUCGAGUGUAAGAAAACCAAAGCUACUUCAGUCCGUAAGACAACUGGAGAUAAGAUGUAUCUCUACCCAGAUGGUCUUCCCAUCACUCGCCAGCUGCAUAAAAAACUGGUGUCCAAAUCAGUGCGUGCACCUGAGGGAACCUCUGCAAAGCAUGACGCUGGAAUAGCGAAUAACUUGCAAGGUUCAUUAGGAUCUAAAGUUCUUGACGAUCACAUCAAACAAUCAGAUUUUGACAAGACAAUAAUAGGGCUAGAUUUUUUGACUGAAUAUCAUUAUAAAGGAAAAACGGAACCAUUGUAUUAUUGUGAAUUGUGCAAUUGUGAAUUGCCUCUUCGGUGUAUUUUGGCACAUAUCUUUGGACUUAAACACAAGUCGAAUUAUGUAAAAAGGAAACACCCAGAUUUAUUGAAAGCAACUGGAGGAAAAUACAAACAACUUGUCAAGGAAAAAACAGCAGAAAUGGAAAAGAUUGAUGGAAGAGGAACAGUGAAGGUGGUCCGAGAUCAUUAUGGAAUUCCACUUAGUGAAAGGCGAGCUGGAACAAAAUAUGUUUUAGGAAAUCAGCUGCCUGACACAGAAUACAGUAGCUUUGACCAAGAUCAGUGCACGAACAUGGAAACCUCUCAGUCUUCAGAUCCGAGAAAUAGAAAGCCAUAUGCCAGUAUAAGUUCCAAACCUUCUGGCAGUGUAACUUCCUCAAGAGCUGUACCUUGGUCAGAUCCCAAAUAUUCUCAACAUGAAUCCUCAACUAAAUGUGAAUUGACUGGGAAAAGAGACUUUAAAGACAUCAGACAUUCUGGAGAAGAUUGGCGAGAUGAAUUGGAACAAACUAUUAAACGGUCAAAAUUACAUGGGGAUGAUGAAAGAGAAAGAGAAAAAUCUAAAUAUUCUGCUAUAGAGAGAGACAAGUGGCAAGAAAGCAAAUGUGGUUCGAGAGAUGACUACAUAAAAAGUGACAAAUCCAGGAGCUAUCGAGACAAUGAUCACCAAGAACAUGAUGCUAGUUAUUGUGCUCCAAAAAAGUAUGUUCCAUUGAGACCUGAAGAUAUAGCAAAGAAGGACAUUUUGGGAUUUUUGGCCAAUCUUGAGGUUCUUAAUGAUACAGAUGCCAGAUACGUCAAAGGGAUCAUGUACAAGCUCAGCAACCGACUCCUGCAAUUUGGUCAAAGAGCUAUGCAGUUGAGGGGUUCUGCUGAGAAAUUAAGUGAACAAAUGAAAAAGCCCAGUUUGGCAGAUCAACAUUCCAGAUAUGAAUGUCAAGGGGCAAGAACUUUGGUGAAUUACUCAGAUCAACCUGCAAGACAAAAUUCUGCUGCAUCAAUGUCAUUGAUACGAAACAAUCUUUUGACUCCAUCGUUACUGAAUUCCAUCCGUGGAAUGGAUGUGAACACAGUUACCAGUACUCUCACACGGUUGGCUGCCAACAACCCUGAAUUUGAAGGCAUCAGGAUUUCAACCUUGGUUACAGUAUUGAUGGAGACCGGUGUUCUCGGCCAAAGGCCAAAUUAAGAUAUUCUACAAGUGUCAUUUUACCUGGUGAUCCACAAGAAAAUAUGGAAAUGUUGGGAAAUAUCGAUGAUUUAAUUUAAUAAAAAUUUAAAACAUUGUUCAUAAGCCUAGAUUAAAGAAAAAAAUUGUUAGCUGCAUUCCAAGAUGUUGAAAUGGCAGUUAAAAAGAUGUAGAGCAAAAUUACCUUAAAUAUUGUUGGUUUACAACUUUGAUGCAAGUCUUUCAAUUCUAACUGCAACAAAAUUCUUAUCACUUUCAGAAUUAGCUGAAAUCAUUAUGAUUCCAAGGAUAGGAUAGGAUUCAACAACAUUUUUUUAAUAGAACUGAAUAAUCCCAUGGUUGCUUAUAUAUUUUUUUAAAUCCCAUUCACUUGAUUCGAAUGGGGGUAAAAUGAACAAUCUUUGUUGCUACUGUUUUAAGUAAAAUUGGGAAAAGUGGCUGGAAAUAUUGUUACCAGUUUUCAGAGAGAUUUGAGGAGGACUAGACCAGAUUGGGCCAGUGUUGUUUGUGCUGAAGCAUUUUCUCAAGAGCUUUUCCACUUACAUUGAUUACCCUUAAGGCAUUACUGAGCCAGUGACAAGUGCAGCCACUAAGUCUGAAAGUAAAGCCAAAUUACCUUUUUGUGUCUGAAAACAGUUUUCAAAGCUCAUUUUAAUUUUUGACAGCAUUUACCUUUAAUAAAUAAUGCCCUUGUUUUUCAAAUGUCACAAAAAAUGACUUUCAAAACGUGGUUUAUUUGUUCUGAUGGUGUAUUUUUACUUUGCUAAUGAGUAUAAUAAAUGACAUGACUAUUUCCUGUAAA